CCAAUGAAAUCGACAAAAUCAACGACCAUGGAUUUUCUUCCAAUGGCAUUAAUAACCUCCGUUCUUACCUUCCUGCCUCCAAAAUCAGUCUGCCGCUUCAAAUGCGUUUCAAAAACAUGGAAUUCUCUCAUUUGUAGUACUGAUUUUAUUAGGCUUCACCUCACUCAAUCUCUAUCCUCCAAGAGUCGUUUUCUUGUGAUCAAUUCUUUGAUCCACGGUCUCCGAUCCUUGCAUUUCAAAUCAAACAAUCAAUUCGAAGCAGAAUUUUUAAAUCUGAAUGAAAUUCCACCUUUUUCUUCCAUUAACAACAUAGUUAGAAUUUUUGGAUCUUCCAAUGGAUUAAUCGCCUUAUCUUGUGAGUAUCCUGAUGAUUCUUUAUUUGUUGACAUUGUUCUGUUCAACCCCUCUAUUAAUUCAUAUUUUUCUUUGCCCCAUUAUGAUCCACCUAAAAGUCCAAUUACUAUGAGUUCUGGGUUUAGUUUUGGGUACGAUAAUUUGAAUGAUGAUUACAAAAUUGUGAAAAUGACCGAUUAUCUUUCGCAUAAUAGUGUAUGGUUAAGGGAAGUUAAUGUUUAUAAUUUGAGAGAUAAUUGUUGGAAGACAGUGCAUGUUGAAUCUAUGAAUCAUAUGCGUUUGCAAUUAUUUUACGGAUAUGCUCUCUUCGACAAUAUAAUUUACUACAUAUUCAAUGCGCAUCUGGAAAAUAAUCCCCUGUUACGAGGGUUUGAUCUUGCAUCCUAUAAAUGGAGCGACAUUGCCUUACCAGAUUUUGAGGGUCAUGAAAUGAAAUGUACUGAUAUUGCUGGUUUAGGGGUAUUGGAUGAUUGUUUAUGCGUAGUGAGUUCAGUUUUGCCAGAAAAAGAGGGUGCUUAUGUAUGGGUGAUGAAAGAAUAUGGUGUGUGGAGUAAAUUGUUUGAUGUGAAUGACGCCAUUAAUGUUGGAGCUUUGAUUGGAGCUCCGAUUUCGUGUUCAAAUGGAGGAGAUGAACUGAUUUUGAAGAGACGAGAUGAAGAUGGUCUUCAUUGUUAUAAUAUUAGGAGCAAAGUGAUUAAACCUGUUACUGUGAUUUGUAACAGGUGUUAUAUUCGUGAUGUUUUUCUUUGUGUGGAAAGUCUUAUUUCUGCUGACAACAUGAUUGAAGUUGGAAAUGAAGAUGCAGAUAAUUCUCCUCAUCAACGUGAACCUCAAGGUAAUGUCAUUUCUUGUGUCCUUAGAGUUUGCAAUCAAUUAGCUUAUGUGUUAUUCGAUACAGCCUAUAGUGCUAAGGUUGAUUGUCGAAGAAGAACAGUAAGUUUGAAGUCUGUGGAUGAAAGUUGUUUAAUUUUCAAUGGUAGAGAGCUUAAACCAAGUCAGAGGUUGUUCUCACUUUGCAACAGUUCAAAAGAGGGUUAUUCAGAGGAACUUGGGUAUUUAUGUUAUAUUUUAGGAGAGGGUGAAGGAGAAAAGUUCUUUUCUUAUGUUAUGCCUCGAUUCCGUUGCACUGCUAGGAAAAGUGUUAGAAAUUUUCGUGAUGCACCGUACCACCUUUCUAUGAAAACAAGAGAACCCAUCUCCUCAUAUGUCCAUCGUCUCCGUGUAAGCAUGGAGAACUGCCAUCUAAAUAAGUAUCAUGGCAACUCUGAUUAUAAUACACCACCUAAGCAAGCAGAUGUCCUUAUUCGAACCUUAAGUGAUGUAGGCCCUUAUGCCGAACUUAAGAAAGAAUACAAUGACAUAAUUAAAAACGGGAGACCCAAUUGGGAAAGGUAUGCAGAAAAUGAGAAAUGGUUCCUUACUCUAGAAUAUUUAGAAAAGAGAAUGAUCGAUGCUAAGGCAAAGUGGAUCUAUAAUGUAUCUGGGAGCUCCUAUGACUACGAGGAUGAGAGUGACAGGGAAAAUGAUAACACCAAUACCAUACCUAUACUUAUUCAAUCUGAAGAUGAAAGAAACUAUGAACCUAAGGAAGACUAUGUAGAAGAUCCUGAGAAGGAUCCCGAGGAGGAUUUUGAGGAAGAGCCAGUUCGAAAGUGA